GAAACGGAUUCGCUCUCAGGUGUUAGUAAAGCCGACACGCAUACUCACCUUCCAGCGUCAUUCUCCAUCCACAUAAAAACCAGCGGAAUUCAACCUGACACCAGAUAAAAAACUUGUUUUUGCUUCCAUCCUCUGGAAAUGAGCAGCCGACGGCGACGAUGCAAGCGUCAGUUGAUCAAGUUCACUCAGCAUAUUGCUCGACUAAUCACAGGAACUCUGAAUACAGAUAAUGAGGACGAAGAACAAGAGAGCACAACGGAACGGUAUCACCCAGAAAAUCUGGAGCAACUGCAAUCGCAGACCCAUUUCUCCAGACAAGAGCUGCAGUUACUCUAUAGAGGAUUCAAGAAUGAUUGUCCAAGUGGAGUUGUGAAUGAGGACACUUUUAAAAACAUAUAUGCUCUGUUCUUCCCACUAGGAGAUUCAUCAAAGUAUGCUCAGUUUCUCUUCAAUGCAUUUGAUAAAGAUAAGAAUGGCUCUCUUAGUUUUGAGGAGUUAGUCUGUGAUCUCUCUGUUUUGCUGAGAGGCACUACCGAAGAAAAGUUGAACUGGGCUUUCAAUCUAUAUGAUAUCAACAAAGAUGGGCAGAUAACUAAAGAGGAAAUGCUGGAUAUAAUGAAGUCUAUUUAUGAUUUGAUGGGGAAAUCUAUACAUCCACGGCUUAAGGAGGAGGCAGUGAGGCAACAUGUCAGAAUGUUCUUCCAAAACAUGGACAUAAACCAGGAUGGUGUAGUAACUAUUGAUGAAUUCAUUGACAGCUGUGAAAAGGAUGAACAUAUCAUGCAGUCUCUUAAGAUUUUUGACAAUGCAGUCUAGAUGUUGACCUGGAAUUCCACUCUCAAAAGUUAAUGAUAACAGCUUUUCUGUACUGUUGUCCUGGAUUCUUCUAGACAGCUCAGGACUGCUUUGGACUGUUUAUGCCAACACACUACUGAAUGUAUACCUGCAUUGGUAAAUGUUUGAGACUGUUUUGUGAUGCAAAUAGAAAUGGAAUAUUAGCGGUAGAGCAGCAACUGCUUUUAAAGCAACAGUGUUUUUGUAUUAUAAUGUGCUUCUGUUGUUACCAAUGUGGUUCAGUUCUGGGUAUCUGUUUCAUUCUAUUGUUUCACACAUCUUCUGUUUCACACCUGAACCGUAAGCACUUAAUGUAUACUUUUGUAGAGAUUCAAAGCCUUUUAACCCCAACCUCUUUAAUAUUUAAUACAGUAGAUGAAUAAUAUAUACAAGACUGGGAUUACUUGAAAGCUUUCAAGGUCAAACUAAAACCUUCUGAGUGAAGUAAACGCCCCACUGUUCUUGACGUCAAAUGUGCACAUUGCAUUUGAAGUAACACUGUAUUUUUUCUGCCAAAAACAUGUUCUGAGGUGAGAUUUUUUUACUUUUUAUUAUUUGUACUGUAUAUUAUGCAAAAGAAUGAUUUGAAUUAAAUUUAUGAUAAAAUUAAGUUUUAUGCUAAAAAAUGAAGACUCAUUUUUGACAUUUUAAAAAACAAAUGACAGUAAACAUAAAUAUUUCAUUAACAUUCCAUAUACACUUCAAUCACCAUGUUAAGUUAUUUUGUUUGAAAAAAAAAAAGUUUUUCUAGAAAAUAUUCACUGAAUUUUAGUCAACAGUACAGCCUUUUGUUUUUUCCCCUAAUAAUGUUGGAAUACAAAAAAAAAUUAAUCAUUAUGAAAUGUAACUUCAUGUGAUCUUUUGUAGAGUACUCUAAAUAAAGUUAGGCUUAGUUGCAUUAAAGAAACAUUGAAACAUAUAAGAAACAAAAAAGUGUAAAACAAAAAGAAAUUUAAAAUAAUUUGAAAUACAUUUAGGAGGGUGAAGAUGAUCAGAUCCUGAAAAACAAGGGUACUCUACAAGGGUAUUUUGGUGCUAUUCUAUGUUCUGUAAAUGCAGCAUUUAUUAUUAAUGUAAUUUAUUUAGCUAUAUUUAUAAAUCAUAUCCCUUCCAUAUAAAUUAAAUUUAACCAGCACUACUAUUAAUAGCUUAGCAUACAAUAAAAGAUCUUAUUAACAUUAAAACUCGCACAUAAUACAAUAAAUAAAUGCCAACAAGUAAUUAUGGCAUGCAGAUAUACAUUUAUUUAACUGAAAGUUUUGAUGUAUUCUGUAGUUUUAUAUAUUUUAAAUGUCAAGAAAUAAAGUAUAAUGAGUUAGGCACUGGUGAAGUUUUAAUAUUAACUCAUGAAUGUGUAUAACCAAAUUAAGAUGAGAUGCCUCUAUGCCAGAUUGCCUUCUCUCUUUCUAUCUAUCAGAUGAAGAGUUCUCUAAUAAUGUCCAUGGCUGAGAACAUAACAGUUUUAUUGUGCAUUCUGGAAUUGUUAUGAAUAGAAAAGACAAGAAGAUCUGAAAUGUAGACAUUUAUGAAUAGAUUAUUUGCUUUCCAAAAUAAUUCCUUUCAACUGUAUAAUAAUUAUUUGAAAAUUGUCAGUGUCUGGUAUAAAAUCUAACAUUUUUGUCUUGUGGUAUUAGUUUGUGUGGUCAUAUAUGUAUAGUAAAUUAUAAAGCGUUUAUAAUUGCUUAUUGUAAGUGUUAUGUUCUUUAAUAAGCUAAUAAAUGCUAGCUGCCUUGAUUUCAACCAAAUGUAUAACAUGUCAGUUGUUGUUAAUUCUUAAUCUGUUU